UCAAAUAUGGUGUAUGGCGUCCAGUCGUACUGAGAGGUUCACCGUGUAAACGUCGAGUGUCCGAGGAAAUUGUCGACUUCCUGAAAAGUUGGUUUUUUUGUUCGUUUCAAUUUAAAUACUUAUAGUUUUAACAAUGUUCAGCGUCAAAUGCCAGAGCAAGGCGAGGUUGGACGACAAAGUAGCUGUGAUAACCGGCUGCAACACUGGAAUAGGAAAAAUCACGGCUAGAGAAUUCUACAAAUUAGGCGCAAAAGUCAUAAUGGCUUGUCGGGACGUCAAUAAGGCCAAACAAGCCGUGGAUGAUAUCGUUGGAGAAGUAAAAGGCGAAAAAUUGGGCCAGUUGGUCGUCGAAGAGUUGGAUCUAUCGUCGUUCGCUUCCAUCAAACGUUGCGCUAAAAGAAUAUUGGAAAAAGAAACCCAAAUCAAUCUACUCGUCAACAACGCCGGUGUGAUGAUGUGCCCAAAAAGCAAGACCAAAGAAGAUUUCGAAACUCAUUUCGGAGUGAAUCACAUGGGACACUUUUUGCUUACCUUACUUCUGUUGCCGAAAAUACUGAAUUCGGCACCUGCUCGUAUAGUCAACGUUGGAUCGUUAGCUCACAUAUUUGGGAACAUUAAUUUCGACGAUAUCAAUUACGAAAAACGCACUUACUUCUCCGCCUUCGCGUACUGUCAGAGUAAACUAGCCAACGUGCUGUUUUCAAAGGAAUUGGCGAACCGGCUUAAAGGCACGGGUGUGAACGUCUACUGCUUACAUCCUGGAGUCAUAAACACGGACUUGGGUAGGACUGUAGACCAAGUGUUCUUUCCGGGGACAUGGUUCCUAUUCAAGAUAUUCAGCUAUCCGAUCAUGAAGUCGCCCGAACAAGGUGCACAGACAACGUUGCAUUGUGCCAUAGACGAAACGGCCGGCGAACAGACGGGACUAUAUUAUAGUGACUGCAAAGUAAAGUCACCGUCCGGUCGGGCAAGAGAUCCGGAACUGGCGAAAAAGUUUUGGGAAAAGAGUAUAGAAAUGGCCGGUUUGGCGGACUACGACAUGUUCAAAGCCAGCGACACGAUUCCAGAACCGUUAAGAGACGUUUGAAUUUAAUAUCAUGUAAUUUUGUGUUUUUGUAGUUUGUAUUUUUAGCUUUGACGAAAAGCUGUUUUUUUUCUAUACUUUAUUGCUACUACCUACUCAUUACCAUUUACCUACUUAUACGAGUAUAAUAUUAUAGACUGUAUUAAGUUAAAUCGCCCAUGUGGCAAAGCCUAAACUAUUAAGUCUCUUACUUAUUUUUACUAUAGCUUAGUCGUUAUAAUACAUUACCAUAUUACACCCAUUGAACUGUGCUAUUAUACUAUCUAUUGAUGAAU